AGCAGCAGAGCUGAGUGAGGCGAGCUGGAGGGACGAUCAGCCGGGCGCAGCGGCGCCUAUGGGGAAGGCGGCCGCGUCGUCGUGCAGCGGCAGCACCCGCGGGCUGGUCUCCUUGCUCAGCGCCGUCCCCUGCCUGGCCUGCAAGCAGCCGCCGCCCUCCUCCCGCGCCGCCAUGAGCCUGAGCGCGACCAGCUCCGAGGGCCCCCCGCUCGCCGCCGGGCCCGGCUCCGACACCUACAAGGGCUGGCUCUUCAAGUGGACCAACUACCUGAAGGGUUACCAGCGUCGCUGGUUCGUGCUCAGCAACGGUCUGCUGAGCUACUAUAGGACCCAAGCUGAAAUGGCUCACACUUGUCGAGGAACCAUCAACCUGUCAACAGCCCACAUUGAUACAGAGGACUCCUGUAACAUUGUGCUUUCCAAUGGGGGAAGGACAUACCAUCUAAAGGCUAGUUCGGAAGUGGAACGGCAGCGGUGGGUCACAGCUCUGGAGUUGGCUAAGGCCAAAGCCAUUCGUAUGAGGGACAACCAGUCAGAUGACUCCGGUGAUGAGGAGCCAGCCUCCCAGUCUGACAAGAGUGAGCUGCACAGCACUCUGAAAAACCUCUCAAGUAAGCUGGAGGAUCUCAGCACUUGCAACGACCUCAUUGCAAAGCAUGGGGCAGCUCUCCAGAGGUCCCUGAGUGAGUUGGAAAAUCUGAAGCUGCCUGCCGAAAGCGGGGAGAAGAUCAAAGCUGUCAAUGAGCGAGCCACUCUCUUCCGGAUCACCUCUAAUGCUAUGAUCAAUGCUUGCCGAGAUUUCCUAGAGUUAGCAGAGACCCACAGUCGGAAAUGGCAGCGGGCACUCCAGUACGAGCGUGAGCAGCGGACCCGCCUUGAGGAAACCAUUGAGCAGUUAGCCAAGCAGCAUAAUAGCUUAGAACGAGCCUGUCGAGGAGCCCCAGGACUUGCUGGGAAUACUGUCACCCGUGCACCCAAAGCAGGGAACGUGCUGACUGUGAAGGGGGAAGCCAGCGACGAAGAUGAGGACACAGAAUACUUUGAUGCCAUGGAGGACGCGCCAUCUUUCAUCACAGUAGCUGCAGAUCCCACAAAGCAUCACAGGCGCACUGACAGCAACCUGAGCGGGGCCAGUGAAGGUCGUGCUGAUGACUGGAAUCUAGAGGACAGCGUGUUCGAGUGCUCCACUCGGACCAGCUUUGAUGCUACAGGCAAAGAUGUCGUGUGCAAGAAGAGCAGACGGACUCGAAUUCCAGACAAACCCAACUACAGCCUUAACCUCUGGAGCAUCAUGAAAAACUGCAUUGGCAAAGAACUGUCCAAGAUCCCAAUGCCUGUAAACUUCAAUGAGCCCCUAUCCAUGCUGCAGAGGCUGACGGAGGACCUGGAGUACCAUGAGCUGCUUGACAAAGCUGUCAAGUGUGAGAGCUCCACAGAGCAGAUGUGUUUUGUGGCUGCUUUCUCCGUGUCUUCCUACUCAACGACUGUCCACCGGACAGCCAAGCCGUUCAACCCACUCCUGGGUGAGACCUAUGAGCUGGACCGCCUGGAUGAACUGGGCUUCCGUUCACUCUGCGAACAGGUGAGCCAUCACCCUCCAGCUGCAGCCCACCAUGUGUACUCCAGACGAGGCUGGACGCUGUGGCAGGAAAUCACCAUCGCUAGCAAAUUUCGGGGCAAAUAUCUCUCCAUUAUGCCGCUGGGUGCCAUCCACCUGGAAUUCCACUCCAGUGGCAACCACUACAUCUGGAGAAAGGUGACCUCCACUGUUCACAAUAUUAUUGUGGGCAAGCUCUGGAUUGACCAGUCUGGUGACAUAGAAAUCAUCAACUACAAGUCAAAAGACAAAUGCCAGCUGAAGUUCUCCCCCUACAGCUAUUUCUCCAGAGAUGUUCCUCGAAAGGUGACAGGCGUUGUCAUGGACGCUGAAGGCAAGGCUCACUACGUUAUGUCUGGCACAUGGGAUGAAAAGAUGGAGUGCUCCAAAAUAGUGCAGAGCAGCAUGGGGUGCAGCAGCACAGAGGGCAAACUGCCAAAAACAGUCUACCAAACGCUGUCCCCCAAGGUCCUGUGGAAGAAAUACCCUCUUCCGGAUAAUGCUGAAAAUAUGUACUACUUCUCCAACCUGGCUUUGAUCCUAAACGAGAUGGAGGAAGGCACAGCCCCUACAGACAGCCGACUAAGGCCUGACCAGCGGCUCAUGGAGAAUGGCAAGUGGGAUGAAGCCAACAUGGAGAAACAGAGGCUAGAAGAGAAGCAGAGGGCUGUUCGCCGCAAACGGGAAGCAGCAGCAGUGGUGGCUCUGGAAGAAGGCAAAGAUUAUGAAGGCUACAUCCCACUUUGGUUUGAGAGGAAGGUAGACCCUGCAACAGGGGAGCUGAUCUGCGUUUACAAGGGCGGAUACUGGGAAGCCAAGGAGAAACAGGACUGGAGUAUGUGCCCCAGUAUCUUCUGAGCCUCCUCCCACCCCUUGCUGGGCUGGCUGGUGCCCAGAGAGGCCUCUCCAUCUUUCUGCAGAAUCCAAGACCCAGCAGUUAAAGCACUCCAGGCAGCAGCAUCUCUCUGGCAACACACAAACUUCAAGGAAACACACAGAGUUUAAAUAUUUUAAAAAAAAAUUUAAGAAGAGAAACAAAAAGACAAAACAGGGAUUCCAAACCUAUUUUUAUGCACUAAUAAAAUGGCAUUUGAUUUUUUUAAAGUGACUUUUUUUAGCUACCAAUUAGGGUUGAGGAGGUGAUUGGAUUGUUUUCCUUUUUAAGCCUGACCUCUUUAUUGCUGUGUCAGGAGUUGCAGCCUCCUUAUAUUUUGCAGGCUUGGUUUUUAUUAACCAAGACUCUAACUUCCAAAGAUGCACACAUUGUGGGGAAUUAUGUAUGUUUUGAUUCUCUUUUGGGGGGUUUCUUCCUUUUGUGUGGGUCUUAAAUUUUUUUUUAAGUCUAUUGAUGAUUCAGGUUCCUUUCCUAAGGAUGCAGGCAGCUCUGCGCUCCAUUCCCCCUUUGAAUUCUAGAGAGAAAAAUGAGGCAUCUGAAAUGCUAUUUGCAGCUGCUUCUUUAAGGGAAUCGUGGAGGGGCAUCCUUGACAGCUUGGUUGGCUUUCCUUCCGUGCUUUUACAGUACCCUGAUCCAAAGCCUGCCAACAGGCAAGAUUUUGUUGUUGUUUAGAAUUCAUUUUCUCUGGAAGAUCAUUUUGUGUUACGGAGAAGGUGUAUGGCCUUCUUCUUUGGUGUGUGUGGGGGGUCUGUAUCAAAUUCCUAAUAGAUAUGGGGUAGCAAGCCUUAUUUCCGGCUUGCCUUAAAACAAGCUAGAGCAAGCUCCUAAGACCUUUGCUCUGUAGCAGAGACUUUAAAACCACUCUGUAAGUUAACUGCCAACAUGGCACACAGUGUUCUUUGCAGCCCUAAGCUGUCUGCCCUUUUGUGGAAGGUGGAGGCGGGGGCACUAAAGUAUGAUUUUUUUCUCUUCUGUCACAUAUUAGGAAGAGAGCAAUGGAAAUGAGCUGCAAUGAACCCUUGCGUACCUCAGUACCCUUUUUGUUAUUUGUAGAAAUCUCAGUAUAGGAGUUAGGCAAACACAAGCAGAGCCAUUUGGGGCACUCUUCUACAGCUUUGCCGUUUUAGCACUACCUGCCUCCUUCCCUUGCUAACCACCAUAAAGAUUGUAAUUUCCCACUGUCACCAGUGCAACAGCAUUUCACACACACCCUGGUGGUCAGUGUUUUGGCAGUCAUAGUUGCAGUGCAAAGGUGAUGCACGGCUGAGUCACAGUGAAUUACUGUGCAGCCAGAAUCAAGAUGCACGGGGGUGCAAACUGCCCAGAAAUACCUCCCCAUUGGAUACCCAUGUUUGCGAGGGGUGGCGGGGAGGUAUGACCUACACAAAUUAGUAGUUGUUCAGGAGGAAUGCUGGAAAUACUGACUAUGGUGACACCACCAUGCCUAGAACCAACCGACACACAGAUUUUACCGGGAACCCAGUCUCCAUGAUAGAGGUGUCCACACGUAGGGAGAUCGCGUGAAACAGUUCAGGAUCUGACUCCCAGUAUUGCCUAUUCUGCCUCUCCUUCCUCACUCAAUCCUGGCUAUGGUGCUGCCUUGCCAUCCCCUCUGAAACAUGCACUACUGAGACAUCCUUCUCUGUCUGCCUGUUAUCAGUGCUCUGACCAGAACUGCAAAGGCACCCAAUAGUUUCAUCUUUGGCCAACAGGUCAUAAAUACUAGCCCGGGAGAAGGAAAUCUGCAUUGCAUGUUCCUUCUCCAAAUGUGGCUGACUUAGCAGUACUAAGAGUAGCCGACUGGUGCUUGGGGCAUGUUCUGUCAAUUGUCCUUUGGGCCAUGUAGAGUUGACCAGCUGGAGAUCUUCUCUGGCUUGAGAUGAUAUCGUUAUGGUAGACAGCUAAAAAUCUCAUGGCCUGUCAUACCCGUGAUGAAGAAAAUCAGCAAUAUCCCUCUUCAGAGCUUGGAUAAGAGGAACCAGCCCUUGUCCCCCACCCUCACCCAGGCAAAAGGGUUAUUAUUCAGCCAGGUUAUUGAGGGGUUUCUAAUAGCCCUUUGUUCACAGUACCCCUGGGAACUAUGAUUCACACCAUGCAUCUGCAUGUGUGUGUACACAUACACACACACACUGCUCCCACAGUAUAUGUAUAUAAAUAUAACUAAUAUAACAAUAAGUGACUGAAUGUCAGUGUGCUGACACAGCUGAUUUCAAUGUACCCUUUAAUCUUUUAUUUAUUUGCUUCUAAUUUAUAUACAUAUAUAUAAUAUAUAUAUAUAAAAUUAUUUUGUUUAAAUUUAUAUGGUACAUAAAUAGAAAAAAAUAAUGAAGACAGGAAAGCUUCUGUCUGAAUUUUUUAUACUACAAAUGUGUACGGUGAAUUUUGAUUCCUCAUUCAGGGUAGGUGUGCUCUCUCUUUUUAAAAUAAAGAAAUUAACAAUAGUGAGGUUAAGGACACAGUCCAGUUCAGCAGUUUUCUUGCACGAGGCCCAUGGAAGUGAACAGGAACUGUGCAUGGAAGUGUUGGCAGUGUUCUCAUGCAGCUUCCAUUCGCUUCAGCAGGGCUUGUGCAAGAGAACUUCCAGAGGGCUGGUGGACUUUUUUUUUUUAUGGUUUGGUUUCUGUUUACCUUGCUCCAAAGCCACAGGUUGAAACGAUUCAGUGACGUCAAAUCCACCGAGAAGUCCCACUGAAAUGAACAGGCCUUACUGCAUUCUUGCUUUUCUUGCACAAGCCCAUUUGGUUCAGUGGGGGCUUAUGCUGAAGAUACUUCCAGUGGAUUGUGUUUCAAAGUAUUCUGAAGGAAAAACUUGUUUCUAGUUUGUGAAGACUGUAUUGAGCCAGACAGUAGCACUCAAAGCGGCGUCUCUCCUGUGCUGUACUUGAAAAACUGUCUUAAGGUCCCACUUCCAGGGUGCCUGUUCUCAGUUGUUUCCAUCACUCCUGUAUCUUAAAAAAGUAUGUAUUGUCUUAUUUUAAAAAGAAACGCUGAAACGGUCUGAAGUUGCAGUACUACUAAAGUCUACCAAAUGCUGUGUUCAGUUACCCGAAUGUAGUGUGUUUUCAUGAGUAAUUUUUUUCUACAAGGGAGAAUGAUUCUCCAUAAAAUGAGAUGAUGUGAUACCCACAGCUGGAAUCUUAUGUGUAAAUGGAUACCAUUUUAGCAAAUGAUAAAUAUGUGGAAUCUACAGUUGUGCAACAAAUGCAUUAAGAGGAGUGAUUCGGAUAAGAAACAGCUUUUUAAAUAGCGCUUUCUAAAGGGUAUUUGCUGGAGGGAGGGAGAUAAGACCAAGCGUAGAGACAGUUCAACUAACUCUCGAGGCUGAAAACAGAACUAUUCUCACCUGUGAUAUGCACAAUCACAUUUUGUAUAUAUAAUAAAUACAUUUCUUUUUUUCAAAAUAGCCUGAAAGCAAAAUUAUAGAACUUUUAAAUAAAAAACCAAGAAAAUAUUAAAUACAUAAAAGGAAAACAAGACAAUAUAGCAUCACUAUUUUUAAUAAUGCAACUUAAGUAAACACUGUAAACACAGAACUCGAGUCAUGUUUAUAAACAGUUGAGCUUAUCUAAAAAGAUUUGUGUUAAACAGAGGGCCUGGAGCCAGCACAGUCCCACAGGACAUAUUUUCCCCAUCUCACUGAGAUCAACAGGCUUGAGUGAUUUUUGUAGUGCUCGGGAAAUUGGCCAGAGAUUACAGAAGAACAAGAGAUGAAUGUGUAUGUCAUGGUUGCCUCUGGUUCUAGCAGAUCACCUUCAGCCUUCCUUGCUGUCUCUAGCUAGAAUUGGUAGGCAAGGUUCUGCAAUGUACACACUUUUUUUUUCAUCCUAGAGAACUGAACUCGUUCAGCUGCAUUGUGAGGAGGAUCAAGGUGUGUGUCUGCCUUUCUGACCCGCUGCCUCGUCCUCAAAGCAGCAGGCAAAAAACCCCUCUAAACUUCUCAUAAUGUAAAACACUGAACCAAUGUAGUUCAGUCAGCUGGACUGCCUCCUGUGUGAGCCUAAAGGCAUUAAGUAUCCCUCUUCCCAAGAUGCCCUUUCACAUAGAUGCAGAAGAUACUGUUCUCUUUCUGUUCAGUUUAAUGAUGUAACAAUAACAAGUUAGGGUUUUUUUGUUUUUUGUUUUCACUUUUAAGAACCUGACUCUUUAUACAAUGGACUGAAUAACACAGCUCAAUCUAAUGCCUUAUUUUCUGUGCUUGGAUGAUCACGUGCGUGUUAAUAAAGAAUUUGGGAAUCCCCCCCCCCACAAACCCUUAGAUUCAGUCUAACAGGAUCUGGUUACUGUGUGAGCUAGAAAAAUAAAAAGAUUAUCAAACUUGCUAAGUGUUGGCACACAGCUAUGCAGAGUUUCAGGAAAGUAGAGGACAAGAGUUCGGGAGUCUCCAUCCCAAAUCCAUUUUUUAUUAAAAUGUAUUUAUGUUAUUUAUCCUUCCAGCUGAAACAAGGAUAGUGUUUUUGAACCCAGAGAGGGCCAAGGAUAACACCAAAUCCUUUACAAAUAGAAGAGUGGUUUAGAGAGGGAUGAAAAAGCUCUUUUUAAAAGUUUGCUUUCCAGUGUUUUAAUGUGGAAUGCAUUUGGCUGUUAAGUUGAUCCCAGGGGAAAAUGGGAGAAAUGUUAAAUAUACGCUUUGCUGAUAGACCUUUAUCUUGCAGAAAAAUUUCAGACCACUUCUAUUGUGACAUCUGUGAUUUUCUCUAGUGGGAUGAACUGUUCAAGGUCCUAGAAAAGAUGCAGAAAUAUCACCUGCGCCCCCCCCCUCUUGUCUUUAGAAUCUUCACAGAAGCACGUAGCUGAGAUCUGGCACUUAGGUGACAAUGGGGGGAAUUUUGCUCAGCAAAGCAGCCAUUCCAGCCUCUUGCAGAGUUCCUGAUUAUGAUAACACUUAAUGAGAGCCAUGACUUGUAGCCUUUCUAUUUUUCCCACCAGGGAAUUUUAACGUCACCUUACUGUUAAUGCUGUUGAAUGUAAUACUUUUGAACAGAUAUUAUUGUGAGUGAUCCCUCUUUGCUUACACAGUAAUAAAAACUUGGAUUCAGGAGUUUUAAACUUA